UACGCCGCGCGUCACGUGCUGUCGAGCGCGACCAAUAGCGAACGAGCGGCGGGCGGGGGCCGCUCUCCGCUGCCAGUGCACGACCAUUCGCCAAGCGAGACGGUCGUUCGCUCGCCCACCGCUCGAUUUCACCGAAAACCGGUCCGAUGCCAACCCGUGUCAUGUUAUAGUGCAGUGCCAUGAGUGCGUGGACGGAGGAAGUGUUGUCAUGGCGCGACGAGAGGCUCGGUCUGACCGAGUUGCCGAGCACGACGAGAAGGAAAAAUCGUACCGCGCCUUAUAGGCUACAUCGGCCCCACUUGUCGACGGCUCACGUGCCCGAACCCGUCCCGGAGCCGCAAGGAACUCACAUCUCGAGGUUAUACCCGGAGUUACUAGCUUUGAUAUUUGAAAGACUGCCAGUGCGUGACAGAGGAAGAGCGGCGCAAGUUUGCCGCGCGUGGCGAGAUGCAGCGGACCGUAGGUCUGUUUGGCGCGGUGUUGAAGCAGCGUUACAUCUUAGAAGACCAGCUCCAAUCCUGUUUGCUUCGCUAGCGAGACGUGGAGUACGUAAGCUGCAGGUAUUGUCGCUAAGACGUGGCUUAAGAGAUGCGGUGGCCGCAUUACCUGGACUAGAAUCUCUCUCUCUCAGCGGUUGUUACAGCGUGACCGAUGCUGCUCUAGCGAGUGCAUUUGCAACGGAACUGCCAGCACUCCGAAGAUUAGAUCUCUCAUUAUGUAAACAGGUGACAGAUUCAUCUCUUGGCAGAAUAGCACAGUCACUCAAAAACCUAGAAGAGUUAGAGUUAGGUGGAUGUUGUAACGUAACUGAUACCGGACUAUUAUUAAUCGCUUGGGGUCUGAGAAAACUCCGCCGUUUAAACUUACGGUCGUGUUGGCACGUUAACGACGAUGGAAUAGCACAUCUAUGUGGUGGCGGCGAAGCGAGAGGUACCCCAGAAUUAGAGCAUUUAGGUUUACAAGACUGCCAAAGGCUAACGGACGAGGCUUUGAAACACGCUGCAACCGGUCUUCCGAAUCUAAAAUCUAUCAAUCUCUCAUUUUGCGUCGCCGUUACGGACGCGGGAUUGAGGCAUCUCGCUAGGCUUCCACAUUUAGAAGACGUUAAUUUACGAGCAUGCGACGGCGUCUCGGACGCUGGCGUCGCUCACUUGGCAGAGAGCGGGCGAUUGAGAGCUUUAGAUGUAUCCUUUUGUGAUAAAGUCGGAGACGAAGCACUAUCGCAUGCGACGUUAGGACUUUCUGGGCUUCGUUCGUUAUCGCUGAGCGCUUGUCGUUUGACCGAUGAGGGCCUGGAAAGGGUGGCGAGGCUAUCGCAGCUAGAGACACUCAAUAUAGGCCAGUGCACGCGGGUCACGGAUAGAGGACUACGAGCACUAGGCGAAGGCCUACGGAAUUUAAAGGCAAUAGACUUGUAUGGUUGUACGUGUAUCACUCCGCAAGGCUUGGACCAUAUCGUGAAGUUGCCGCGUCUCAGUGUACUUAACCUCGGUCUGUGGCAUGUGCGGUGACCACACACACAUUAAACUGUGUCUUGUGUCACGUUCGCGUGUGUUAGUGCGACGGCCAUGUUUAAGUGAAGGAACCGCCAAGGUUGUAUACUGGACAGCGAAUAAGGAAUUAACCAAUUAUAAGAUAUUAUUAACGAAUUAUAGUUAGGAAACGGGGUCGCUUUCUUGUUUAUGUUUUUAAACAGUUGAGUUAUCGUUGGAAGUUUGUUGUAUUCUGUGAUUUUAAAAUGUCCGUUUACUUUAGUUGAGUUUGUAAAGGAAAGUUGCCCCGACGCCUAGUCCCAAUGAAAAGCUAGAUCUUUUUAUUUUUAGUCUCAUGUAUUUGCUUAGUUCGCUGUGUUAUAGAUAUUAAAUAUAAUCUUAUCGGCGAUUACGAAAAGGUCUGGUUUUUCAAUGUAAUUGCUCCAUUAGUUAGAUACUUAGCCAUUCUAAUUGUUGUUCUUAGUUCGACCUUAUGUUGAUCGGGAACUAAUUUAUUGAUACGCUUCCUAAACUUUACCGCUCAUUUUCGGGGAUAACUAACCAUUUAACGAUGAUAUUAAAUAUAUAUUAAUUUGCUUGUAUUUAUAAUACAUAUACCGUAAUAUUCUGUAGAAAAUAUUUAGUUUAACAAUAUACAUACAUUCCAAGCUAACGAUUUCUUCAAGUAUUUGUACCCUCUUGAAUGUAAUAUUUAUAAAAAACAGUUAUCUAAAAUUGAGAUAAAACUUUUUUAAAUUACACAUAGUGUAUAUAUAUUUAUAUUUUAAUUAUUGAUAUUUAUUUUUGAGAUUUGUUUGUUGAAAAUUGAUAUGUUACAAUGUCAUGAAAUAAAUCCGUUCAAAAUAAUUAUAUUUUAACAAAAUGAGUAUUUAAAACUGAAGUCAUAUCAUAACAAACUUCAUUUUCUAUUCGCGUCUUAGCCAAAUUAAUUGAAAAAAAAAAUAUAUCUAAUAAAAUAUCUCCUUUAUUUGUUACGAUCUCGUUUAUACGUAAAUUUCUUUUUUAAUAUUGUAUGCUGUUAUUUUUUUUUAUUAAGUUUACAAUAAUUGUGAUGUAAACACAAGGUCGAAUUAAAAAUAAGUUAUUUUUUCAAUGAUAUGUUGUUUUCUGUACAAAACGAAUGUAAUAUAGGUAAAAUGUAUUAAAAGUCAUCGUUUAAGUUGCAAAUUA